AUGGAAGGACAGAGGUCGUUAGUGUUUCCUUAUCCUACAAGUGCCAGCAGUGUUCGAGUACCGAGAGUGUUCGAGCGCGAUCACUUAAUGUUCAAUGACAAGACUUUAUGGGAAAGCUACGGAAGGCUAUUCCUUUUGUUCCUGUUGGGUUUCAUAUUAUUAGGAAUUGGCUUCGCAAUUAUCUUUCUACAUCCAUACGACGCUAUAUUCCGAUGGAAAGUGAACUUAGCUGGUGCUGGGGAGAUAUUCGAAAUGUGGAGGAAGCCUGAAGUGAAGCUGUACACCAAAGUCUAUCUCUUCAACGUCACGAACGCGGAUGAGUACAUGUCUGGUAUAGAUACCAAGUUACGGGUCCAGGAGAUCGGUCCAUAUGUUUAUCGAGAGUUUCUUGAGCACAGCGAGGUGAUGUUCAAUGACAAUGGAACUCUUUCUACCAUCCCCCGACAUCCUCUGAUCUGGGAAGAAGAGUUGUCAGAGGGGAAUAAAGAAGAUGAUAUGGUCAUCUUACCUCAUAUUGCUUUGUUGUCAAUCGCGAACGUGGUUUCCCAACAAAACUUUGUUACCCGUUUCGGCCUCAACAACCUCAUCCGGAUGACGAACAGCCAACCCCUUGUGAAGAUGACGGCCAAGGAGUUCAUGAUGGGCUACAGUUCUGAGCUGAUGAGCCUCGGAAACACUUUCAUGCCGGGCUGGAUCUACUUCGACAAAUUGGGUUUGAUUGACCGUAUGUACGAUUUCGAUGGUGAUUAUGAAACUAUCUUUACUGGCGAGACAGAUAUUUCACUAGCUGGUCUCAUUGACACCUACCGAGGUUCCACUGACCUUCCGCAAUGGGAUGGUAAACACUGUUCUAACGUCCAGUACGCUUCAGAUGGUACCAAGUUCAGAGGAGCAGUGUCCAGGAAUGAAUCUAUACUGUUCUAUAGGAAGAGUCUUUGUCGCGCUGCACCUUUGAUACCAAUGGAAGAAGGUAUAAAGAAUGGCUUCAGGGCGUACAAAUACAUGUUCCCUGAACACAUGAUGGAUAAUGGAAAGAAUACUGAGGAGAACAAAUGCUUCUGCAGAUAUGGUAAAUGUCUCCCUGAAGGAUUACUAGAUGUUACUGAUUGUUACUACGGCUUCCCAAUCGCUCUGUCUUACCCUCAUUUCUACAAGGGUGAUGAAAUUCUCUUCAGCAAAGUUGAAGGGCUAAAUCCUAAUCCGGAAAAGCAUGAAACGAGAUUCUGGAUUCAGCCUGAUUCCGGUCUACCUCUCGACAUAUCUUCCAAAUUUCAAAUAAACAUGGCGCUCGAUGAUAUAACACUCAUCGAGAACACGGAAAAGUUCGCUAAUAUGUAUCUUCCAUUGCUUUGGUUUGAUAUUACAAUGUCAACGCUGCCGACAUCGAUGGAUAUAAAGUUCAAAUUCUACCUGAACAUAUUGCCUGUCGCCGAACAAGUGUUCAUGUACCUCAGCUUCGUCGCUGGAACAAUCUUGAUACUCGUAACGACAUACAUCCUAACAUUCGAAAUAAUGUUCAAAUCCUACGGCGAGAAAAAACACAACAUGGGUACGAAUCUCUGGUUGGACAGAGAGAAACGAUGCAAAACUAAAUCAAACAAUGACAAUAUUUACGCAGCAUGUGAAAUACCUCUAUCUGAUACUGACUCAGAUCAGAAAAUCGAGGAAACUAAACCAACCUUUAUGAAAUCACAGAGCGAGAGACUCAAAGAACUAGGUCACAGACUUAGCGAUAGAUUCCACGGUUCAGUCGGUAACAUUAGAGGAAGGUUCGAUGAUCUGGCACACGUGAAAGAUAGAAAGAAUUCGUUGAUAACUCCAGAAGAAUCACGAGACGUUAACAACGAAGCAUACAAAAGCGAUUCCAGUGAAAACGAUAAAGACUACGAUAGAUAUCAAGAAGUAAAACAAACAGAUACAGAUGAUGACUGUAGGUAUCUAGAAGUGAUUGAUGAUGGAAGCGAAUUCGAUUCAGACAAUGAUAGAACAAAGCAAAACACAAACGAAACAUACAUACACAUAGAUUGAAGUGUAAAUCUUGCCAUUGUUGGUUCCAUCAGUGAUUUAGACGUUUCUAUUGAUAAUAGUUGAGAGAAAACAACUUUUCUUGCCAUGAAAUGAAACUCGAGAAACAAUUAGUUAUUCUAAGUAUCUAUGAUUAAAAAUUAAGUACCUCAUAUUCUAAGACAAGAAUUUAUUAAUUUGUAAGUUUGUGAUUAAGAAUAUCGUCACGCUUUCGAUUAAACUGAUCAGUGAUAACCGUGUUUGAUACAAA